CUGAUUGGCCGGCAGCGCUGCGCGCGCCGCUGGCGGUGAAGGGGGGAGGGGGGAGGUCCGCGUGCGCAGCGAGCGGAGGGAUCUGGCUGCUGACGAUUUCAAGCAUUCAGAGGAGUCUUUUACAGUAUGGGAGCUCAAGGGAGGUGAUGUUGAUCCUAGAACACUAGUCUACUUAUUUUGACACAAAAUUUUGUGGAUUUUGAACGUGGAAAGAAAUGAUUGAAAAAUGGAUGAUGAUGAUGAUGAUGAUGAUGUUCCCCAGCUUUCAUCCCAUACGUUGGCUGCCCUCCAGGAGUUCUAUCUGGAACAACAGCAGAGAGAGAGCAUGAAGACCUCCCAGGGAUUUAAUCAAUAUUCUCUUGGCUCAAUAGAAGAAGACUGGCAACUGAGCCAGUUUUGGUACAGUGAUGAAACUGCAUCAUGCCUGGCUAAUGAAGCUGUUGCAGCAGCUGGAAAAGAUGGCAAGAUAGCAUGUAUUAGUGCGCCAAGUGUGUACCAGAAACUGAAAGAACAGGAUGGCAAAGAUUUUUCAGUGUGUAUACUGGAAUAUGACAGGAGGUUUUCUGUAUAUGGAGAAGAAUUUGUCUUCUAUGAUUAUAACAAUCCUUUGAACUUACCUGAAAAUCUCCUGCCACACAGUUUUGACAUCGUAAUAGCAGAUCCACCUUAUCUCUCUGAGGAGUGUCUUCAGAAAACUGCAGAGACCAUCAAAUACUUAACAAAAGGAAAGAUUCUGCUUUGCACAGGUGCAAUCAUGGAGGAACAGGCAGCAAAGCAUCUUGGGGUGAAGAUAUGCAAGUUUAUUCCAAGACACACUCGAAAUUUAGCCAAUGAAUUUCGAUGUUAUGUGAACUAUGCUUCUGGACUAGACUGACUUUCAUAAGAAGAUCUGUAACUUUUUCAAUCAAGUUCCUUUGUUUGUUUUCUCAGUGACAGAAUUCUGCAUUUCGCAAUGUUUAAAUAUUCAGCUCCGAGUAAUGUGUUUUUCUGGGCUAGCUUUAAUCAACACCAUGUGAUAGCCUUUUUUUAAAAUGUGUAAGCAUUUGUAAUUACUGUGUUUUGUAUCUUACCUGUUAAGUAAUUGGGACCAAAAUGAUGAAGGUGCUGGAUAGUGGGAGCUCUUCUGUUAGAAUUUAAUUCUAAUUGGUAAUUAGAGACCAAAUAGGCCAUUUGAAUGGUCUAAUUGACUAUUCAGGGACUCUUCAGUGACCUCUCUGAAGUGUGUUGGGUUUAGCCAUUUGGCUAAACACAAGCACACGUAGGUGCUUGCCUCGCAGACAUCACUGUAAUGAUUUGCAGUAAUGGAUAACUUGGUAGCUAGCAGAUGGUUGAAAAAGCAUGAAUACUAGUAUCCUUUCAACCUUGAGCAAUGCUCCCUUGGUAAAAGGACUGAGACACGUUUGUUCUGAACAUGUCGUAUUUUUUAGAUUCAUUAGCUGCCAGGCUGAUAAUUUUUUUAAAGGAUAACUAGAAGAGAGAGCAAGUCUCCUCCUGGGGAGGCCUCUCCCAUUGCUUUGAUUAUCAGUAUAACUACCUAAGAGUUGUCAAGUAAGAUAGGAACCACUGUCCACUGAUUGUUGCUAGACUGGCUUUUUUAAAAAUUGUGGUUAUUGUUUUAUGCCUUUUCUGAAGCCUUGGUAGAAAUCCACGCUUUCUUUUUGCAAGGUAAAGUAUAUUUUGUUAUUAAUUGUUAUCAUGUAAAGUUGUGUAUGAAUGUCUGUUGCACUAGAAGAAAGUGAUAGAAGUAGUUACACAUCUCUUUGCAGAGGUAUUAUAAAACUGAUGAUUCUUUGAGAAAAACACAAUAAGGUUUUCCCCGUUUACCUUUGUUAAGAAUCCUAAACAUUAGAUCAAAUACAAAGUAAAUACUAAAUAAAAAUGCAACAAAUCAGGCAAUGCUUA